AUGUAUCAACAACUUUUAGCAGAACAUAUCGUGAGUGGUUGUGAAGAAAAUCAUUCAGGUUCAUCAUCUGGAAUGGAGGCUGCAGGUGCAAAAUUAGAAGAUAAUCUACCAAUUGGAGGACGAAAUGGAUGUUUAACCGAUGAUAAAAUUCGUCAAUUAACUAUUUACUAUGGUUCAGCUAUUCGAUCUCAUGUCAAUGAUUUGGAAUCGAUGAAAGUCGCUUGUUGGGCUGCAUUUUAUCAUUGUAGUUCUACACGUGAAAAUCCUAAUCAUGAUUAUUGUGAUCCAGCAAGUGCCAUAUAUACAAAUACAAAUCAUUUGAUCCUAGAAAACACAGUCUAG